GGUGAAAAGAAGCAGAGGAUAAACAUCAGUGUCAACAUGAGAUUGCAGGAAGAGAAGGUUUUUAAAGCAUCAUGUGGUUGUAGUCAUGGAUAGUGGAAAAUUAACACUUUCUUUCAUCUGGCUAUUCAGUUUCGGUGUUUUCAUCCUAUCUGAACAUUUCACUUUCGGUAAAGAAUUGUACAAAGAGGUGAUCUGUUAUAACGAUGUUCUUCGCCUCAGCUGUGGAAGUUCUAAUUUCAUAGCCAUCCACGAAGCCUUCUACACCACAGAAUCUCAGGAGAAUCAAACCUGCCAACUACCUGCGCCCGAAAAUGAAUACAUUGAGGACGAAUCUAUGGAAGUGGGGAGCAGCAAUUCCUCCCCAUGCCACGAGGACAUUCGGAUCUCUCUAAAUAAAGCGUGCUCCGGAUCAAGUAGUUGUAUUUUCAAUGGAACCUUACAGGAGUCGAACAUACAGUGUCGUGUUCGAGGAGGACAGUUCGUCGUCAGAUAUGAUUGCGUACCAGACAAAAACCUCAACAAAUUCUGCAACUCAAAGGUGCAAGCCCGCGAGGGGUACAUCUCCUCCCCCGGCUUCCCGAAGUACUACCCCAAGUUGGACAACUGCAGCUGGAACUUGGAGGGCUCCGCGGGCCAGACGAUCCUGCUCAAGAUCCUGCACCUGCACACGACCCAGGCCACCGAGGUCUACCCGACGGUCGCGGACCCGGACGCCUACGCCCCGGGCAUCCUGGGGCUGCUCAGGUCCGGGGAGGAGACGUCUCGCUGCGACGUCGACGCCCUCGUCGUCCUGGAGGGAGACGUCAAGCGAGCCGUCGUCUGCGGGGAGGAGCUGCAGACGCUGAAGACGCUCGUGGCGGAGGCGGACGCUGGACUGACGCUCAAGUUCCAGACGGCGGGGUUUCUGCCCGCGAGCGGAUUUCUGGCCUAUUUCAAAGUGCAAGGGUGUCCGACCAUAAAAGCGUCUGACGGAAGCCACCUGGUGGAACGAAAUGGUAGUGCAGCCAUUUACGCUUGCGAUCAUCAUCAGGUGUUCAAUGAUUCGCUGGAAAGUGUCCGGUUCCUAAGUUGUGUUCGAGACCAUCACUGGAACGACACGUUGCCACCUUGCAUUGCUCUAGAAGAAGCGACCACGGUUUUAGUUCCACACAGAAUAAUAGAACUCGAAGAAGCAGCUGAAAACAACAUAACGGCUGCGUUUGAAACCGUAGAGACCACCACAAUGUCCAACGUCGUUGUAUCUGCCCAGGCUUCUGUCAUCGAAGACGUAGUGAUACCAGCCGUUCUGAUUGUUGCUUUGAUCGUGGGGAAUGGAGUCAUAUUGUCUGUCAUCUGUUAUUUGAGAAGGAAGCAACGAAAGAAGAUCGACGAUGAUGAAAAUAAUGGCGAAGAAACGAGCCAGCCAAAGUCACAGCCUCUAGUCUCCGAAGAAGUUAAAGACGCUUAGAGCUUUUUUUCUUAGCUAGUGUCCAUGCCAACUUGUAUGUUGAAAUGUCCUCAGAAAUACUGUGUUGAUUUUUUAAAGUAAAACGUUUGUUAAAAUAUCCUCAGAAAUUUACGAAUUUUUCAAACGUAAAAUUGUAUUUCAA